AUAUAUACCAUGCGUGGGUAACUGAUGCAUCAUACGCGUUCGAAAAUGGCAAAGGUAGCUACUGUGUUCGCUUUCAUGGUGCUUCUAGCUGUUAUUGUUGAAGGCAGAGACUGGAGAUUCGACACGAAACGAGUGAAGAGAGGCUACAAUCCUAGCAAUUACGGCAACAACAACGGCGGUAGUUAUGGGAGGAAUGAUGACCAGAACGACAACUUCAGCAGAGAGCGGCUUGGAUGCAGUGAGGAGCUGGGAGGUGGCAGCUAUGGGAGUGGCAGUCACGAACUAUCUUACAAUAAAGAUGGACGCCCGAAAAACAAUCAACGCCAUCGCUCCUUUACCAAAGCGUCCGCCUCCGCGUCCGCCACCGCUACUUCCUUCAACGAGAACCACAAGGCAAACCUUUGAAAUUAGAACGCUUUGAAUUUAGAAUGUACGAAAUGAAACAUUGAGGCAUAGACAAAGAGUUUUUAGUUUUACUUUUUAUUAUCUUUUUUUAAAUCUAAAUUAUAAGGAAAUUGGUUUUAUUCUGACAAAGACUUUUAUCUACUAUUUUAGGUUUGAA